AUUGUCUUGGGGAAGAAGAAGGAGUCUUUAUUUUAUUAAAGCAAUACGCAAUAUUAUACUGCGAAUUGCUUAUACGCAGUAUAAUACUGCGAAUUGCUGGGCCCAAAAAUCGGAGUGUACUCAAUUCGCAGUAUUGUACUGCGAAUUACUUUAACGGCUAAAUUUCGGUUAAAGUAAUUCGCAGUAUAAUACUGCAAAUUAGUUAGGUAGUUACGUAACUUUUUUUUUUAGUAGUAAAAACGUGUUUUUUGUCCAAAAGAUCAUUAGAAAAGCUUGGGACUCCCUCAGCUGCCGUCCACACACCAAAACAGAAAAGAAAAGGGUAGGCACAGUUUACCUUCUCUGCAUUGACUCUGAAUCACUAGAACCAGUAUCACUGUAUCAGGGCAAGCAAUGGAAAGCAAGAGUAGUGGAGAAGGAAAGGUGGUAUGUGUAACUGGGGCCUCUGGUUUCAUAGCUUUGUUGCUGCUACAACUUGGUUACACUGGCAAUGCCACUGUUUGCAACCUCAAGGAUACAAGCAAAAUGGAUCACCUGCUAAGACUUGACGGAGCUAAAGAGAGGCUGCAUCUAUUCAAAGCUGAGUUACUUGAAGAGCGAUCAUUUGAUCCUGCUAUUGAUGGUUGUGAAGGAGUAUUUCAUACAGCACCCCCUGUUUCUCUCACAGCAAAAUCCAAGUCAGAAACCUGUUUUGUUGCAGUCCUCGAUUAAAUUAGUGUACUGAUGUCCAAGAGAUGUCUUCAAAGAGGAGCAUGUUUGUAUGUAACUUAAAAGAAAACAUUAUCUUUUUCCAUCUUUCAGGAGGAACUCGUGGAUCCUGCUGUAAAAGGAACAUUAAAUGUCCUUAGGUCAUGUGCCAAAUCACCAUCUGUCAGAAGAGUGGUGAUAACUUCUUCUACUGCUUCUAUUAUAUGCAACAAAAAUCGUUUAAUUCCUGGAGCUGUGGCUGAUGAGACUUGGUAUUCCGACCCCCAAUUCUGCGAAGAAAGAAAGGUCCAUGUGUCUACUUUGGUAGUUUUUCAAAUUUGAUUUGAUGAGUCUGCUGAUCCUUUGGUUAAUGUAGUAAUAGGUUUGGAACUUGUAUGACCGUCUUUUUAGUAGUUGUCUUGUGUUACAGAAUCACUAGAAUCAAGCUUUAACAUCACUAAAAAUACAGAUAUUUCCUUGUAUAAGUAUAAUAGUAUACCUGAUUUCUAGGGAGUUCAAAAUCUGUUAAGAAUACACACAUUUGUGUUUGUGUGUGCGCAUCAGCGCGUGCUAUGUGGACUGUCUCCGCAAGUAAGAAAUAGUUCUUUUCUUUUCUUUUUUGAUAGGCAAGUAAGAAAUAGUUCUUAUACCAGAAAUUUAGUUAAUUCUGCACUCCCU